UUGCAGAAAGGUUCCAUCAUCGCCUCCAACAAAGUGUCGAGCCGCGUGUUCGCCAUCUCCUUCUCCCAGGACAGCAGCUACUUCGUCACCGCGGGAAACCGCCACGUCAAGUUCUGGUACCUGGACGCCUCCAAAGAACGACGGGUGAACAGCACGGUGCCUUUGAUUGGCCGCUCCGGGUUACUGGGCGACCACAAGAACAGCGUGUUCUGCGGGGUGGCGUGCGGGCGGGGCCGCACAGCGUCCAACACCUACUGCAUCACCAGCUCCGGCCUGCUGUGUCUGUUCAACAGCAGCCGACACCUGGAGGCCUGGGUCAACCUGAAGGUCGGCAAGCUCCCACACACAAACCUCUACAGCAACGACCUGCUGAGGAUCUUGUACGUGGGGGAAAACACGCAGCACCUGCAGGCAGAGGGGGAGGCAGCAGGAGCUGACGGGAAGGCGGGGAUCAAAGUGCUCUGCAUCAGCCCGGACGGACGGCACCUGGCGGCCGGAGACCGCUGCGGAAACCUGCGGAUCUUUGGGCUGCAGUUCCUGGAUGAGCUGGUGAAGAUCGAGGCUCACGACUCGGAGGUGCUGUGUCUGGAGUUCUCCCCCAUCUCCACAGGUGUGAAGCUGUUGGCGUCGGCCAGCAGAGACCGACUCAUCCACGUCUUCGACCUGGAGAGGAACUACAGCCUGGAGCAGACCCUGAAUGACCACUCGGCCUCCAUCACCGCCGUCAAGUUCACAGGUGAGAGCCCGGAGGUUCGACUCGUGAGCUGUGGAGCCGACAAGAGCAUCUACUUCCAGACAGCUGAGCAGACUUCGGAGGGCCUGCAGUUCUCCAGGAGUCACCACGUGGUGGAGAAGACGACUCUGUACGACAUGGACCUGGACUCGAGCCGGACGCACAUCGCCGUCGCCUGUCAGGACCGAAACGUGUACCCGGAGCUGCCGGAGCCGGCCUGCCUGCCUUCGUCAUCCUUCCUCACCUGCUCAUCCGAUAACACCAUCAGACUGUGGCACUCCGACCCCGCCGGCGCACACACAAACCUCUACAGCAACUUGAAGGUUCAGAUGGAUCCGUCGGGCUCCUUCUUCGCCACCAGCUGCUCCGACAAAAACAUCACCAUCUUUGACUACGAGUCAGGAGAGUGCGUCGCCACCCUGUUCGGCCAUUCAGAGCUGGUCACCUGUAUCAGGUUCAGUCAGGACUGCAGACACCUGAUCACGGUGUCAGGAGACAGCUGUGUGUUUGUGUGGCGGCUGGACGCUCAGAUGACCAGCACCAUGAGGAAGAGGCGGGGCGUCAGGCUGACCGCUGCACCUGAAACCCACAAAAAGCCGAACAUCAGGAGGGAGACCUUCAUCACGGUGCCCUCCUCCCAGCUGCCUCAGAUGGAGGAGGAGGAGGAGGAGGAGCGGAGGACUCCCUGCAGGCUGGACCCGUGUCCUGACGCUCCGCUGCUUCAGACCAACGGGAAGCUGCCCCUGUGGUUCAAGAAGCUGCAAGGACAGGGCGGAGCCUCCUCCACCAUCCAGUUGGAGAGCGAGCCUCGUCAAGUGCGCAGUCGGUGGGCGGAGCAGAUGGACCCUUUGACCUUCUGCUCCAACUUCUCUCCGAGUCCCAACAAGAGCCAGGGGGAGGAGGAGGAGGAGGAGGAGGAGGAAGAAGAGGAGGGUUUCCACCCUCAGAGUCUGGAGUGUCUGCUGGAGGAUGAGGAGGAAGAGGUGCUGCAGACAGCAGGUGGAGAGCAGAACACCUUCAUCCUGUAUCCUAGCAACACCACGAUCACCCCUGAAAGCGAGUUUGAGGUGGAGGGUGUUUCCGUUCCACAGCAGUCACUGAGCCAGGAGGUCAGAGGUCAAGGGGAGGAGCCUGUGUGGCGGACUCAGCUGAGUCCAGACUCCGCCUGUUCUGAGGGAUCAGCAGGAAGUCUGGAGCAGCAGCAUGACCCAGACACCGACUCCCUGAGUCAGGGCAGCUCAGUGGGCAGUUUGGGUUUGGAGGACGACGAGGACAGGAACUCUCUGAAGAACCACUUUGAGACGCUGGCCUCCAGUCUGAGCGAAGAGAAGUUUGACACAGACCUGAAGACUCUGCAGCCUCCAGAUGAAAAGCACUUCCUGAACCCCCGACUCAGCAUCUCCACCCGCUUCCUGUCCCGCUUCCAGGACAGAAUCAGGGCGAGCCGAGCUCCGCCUCCCGUCUCCAUCCCGACUAGGAUCUCUGAGGAGAGCAACAUCAGCACCACAUCGGUGAACUCGGAGUCGAGCAGCAACGUCUCAUCGGCUGGGCUGACUCGGGGAGAGAACGGAGGAGGAACAGCGGGAGGAGCAGCAGCGGGAGGAGGAGACGUGACCUCCAGGACCAUCACGGCCCAAAACAGCUGCAGCGAGGAGGCGGCGGAGCAGCCGUCGGCUUUUCGGCUCAGAUACCUGGGAACCACAGCCAGCUCCAGAGCCAAACUGAGCCGGGACGCCCCGGGUUCCACCGCCACGCCCUCCUCCACGCCCACGCUGGAGGAGAACAAAGAGAACCUCCCCUCUCCAGCAGACUGCCAGCCUCCAGCCUCCACCCUGCUCUCUGCUAGACAGGACAAACCUGACAACCACCAGGACCAGACCAGCAGCCUGCAGGUGUGGACCACACCCACUCAGGUGAUCUCACAGCUCAUAGCUGACAGGUGUAGUGUCAGCAGCACAGAGGAGACUCUAAUCCAGACGCCUGUGGCAACACCCACCACCUGUGAGGUCAUCACCUGCCCCGCCUCCAUGAAGGAAGAAGCUCGAAGACCAGCUGAUCCAGAUGCUUUAUCAGCUGAUUUGCUGCUCUCUGCCCCGCCCACCUCGUCCUCCUCCCCUCUGGUGGAAAGGCUCCAUCCCCCUCACACAGGUUCGGGAGGAGACGAAGAGUCGGUGAGCGUGCAGUGUCUGCAGAUCGCCGCCGAGCUAAGGGCGACGGCGAGACGAGCUGUCCAUCUUUACCAGAAGCUCGGCGCAACGCUCGCUGGCUCGCAGCGACGUCUCCAGGUGUCGUCAGCGAUGCUGGAGGCGUUUGACGUAGUUCGCUCUGACAUGCAGGAGGUGCUGCGGGAGUCGGGCGGCAGCGUCCCCUGCGGUCACCUGGAGGACCGCAGGACGGCGUCUCUGCUGGAGACGUACUCUGAGCGGCUGCUGCAGAUGGUGGAGGAGAAAAUGAAGCGUGUGUGAGCCGAUGGCGGAUUUGAAAUCAGUAUUAAACUGUGUGCACCUUA